CAAAAUCAGGGAAGCUCAAAAGAGAACAAAAUGGGGCGAAAAACAGAGUACUGGUUACUGAAAACAGAACCAGGAGAGUGGUCAUGGGAGGACCAAGAAGCUAAUGGAGGAAUUUCAAAGUGGGAUGGAGUAAAAAACAAGCAAGCCCAGAAGUAUCUAAAGUCCAUGAACAUAGGAGAUCUCUGUUUCUUCUACCACUCUGGGUCCAAAGCCCGGAGGAUAGUUGGUGUAGUCUCAGUGACGCGUGAAUGGUACACAGAUGAUGAUGAUGACGGUGGUGGCGCCGUGGAUGUCAAGGCGGUUGGUGAGAUGAGGAGGGUUGUGGACCUUGCGGAGAUGAAAAGGGAUGAAGGGUUGAAGGGUUUUGUGCUUUUUAAACAGAGUAGGUUGUCUGUUGUGCCGGUGGAAAAGGGGUUUUGGGAUAAGAUUUGUGAAAUUAGUGGGGGAUUUGAGGGUGAUGAAUAGUUUUUGUAUGUAAGGUGUUUGCGUUUUUGUUUAAGAGAGAAGCUUAUCUUUACUGUUAUGGAGUUUUGGGGUGGUUGGAUUUUGACAAAGGAGUCAUCGGUUCAGCGACAAGUAUAGCUAGCUUGUUGAUAAUGGGUAUGUAAAGCUUUCAAUUUGUUCUUCCAAAAGAGUAAUGGUAGUAUUGUAUAUUUGCUUGCUUAAUACAUCUGAUUUGAUAUUGACAACAAAAUGUUGGAGUGUUUGGUUUAGCAAAAGAAUAGGUACAAAUUACGAUCUUUGAAGUCA